GAGAGUGAUGGCGUCUGCCAAAGGUGGAUUGUUGGCACGUUCUGAUUUUCCUCUGUAUGUAGUUAAAGCCCUAGAUGAACGUCACUUUCUUGUAGCUGGUGGCGGUGGAGCGGCAAAGACGGGUGUAGCAAAUGCCAUUGAGGUAUAUGAGGUGAAAUUUUUAUCAGAAAAAGCUGUAGCUGGAAGCAUAUGCAGACAUGAUACAGGUUCCAAAUCCAUAAUGAAUGGUUGUGUUGUGUAUGAUGGCAGAAAAAACAUCUUUGCAGCAGGUCUAGAUGAUGAAUGCCACAUAUACUCAUUAAAAUAUAAAGUUGGAUCUCCAGACAAGAAGGAGAAAGGAGACAGUGAUGUUCGACAGAGAAAAUCAGAAAAUGAUAAUUCAAGAAAUAACAACGACAAAGAAUCAACUAAACAGAUUUUUUUUGAAAUAGAAGAACUUAGUCAAAUCAAAACUGACUUUCAAAAGGAAUCUAGUUUUCAAAAAGCAGUGCAAUUUAGUCGAGACCAUGCAGUCUUAGUUACUGGAGGAGCAGAUGGCUAUCUCAGGAUGUGGAAGUAUCCAGAAAUGAAAAAAGUUUUUGAAGUAGCUGCUCAUAAGAAUGAUGUAGAUGAUAUUGAUAUUAGCCCUCCUGGAGAUAAGAUUGUUACUGUGUCAAGAGAUCACUGUGGAUUUGUUUGGAGCUCAAAAGAUGGCAGCAAAGUUAAAGACCUUAAUGGACCUCAAGAGUACAGAUUUAGAGCAUGCAGGUAUGGUUUAAUAGAGGGAAAGAAGGACAAAUUUAAUUUGUACACAAUCAGUAUUCCAAUAAAGCGAUCUCAGAAACAACAACCCUGUUACAUUACGAUGUGGGACAGUGAGUCCUUCAGAUCUAAAGGAAACCAAGAAACUGGCACUGAAGUCUUGUCCAGUCUGGCUCUUAGUGAUGAUGGAAUUUAUGCAGCAGUAGGGACUAUUUCUGGCAGUGUGGCUGUGUAUAUCUCAUUCAGUCUACAGAAACUCUAUUCUGUUAAAGAGGCCCAUAGUAUAUUUGUGACUGGUUUGACAUUCAUGCCAAGUUCUGAGGGAGCACAAGCUAUAACUGGAACUCAAGAUUUUACACUUCUCAGUGUUUCAGCAGACAACACGAUUCGCUUGCACCAAGUAGCUCCUAGAGGAUCUUACAGUGCAGCUCUGGUGGUUGUCCUAUUUAUCUGCUUCAUCUCGCUGAUCUUUUGGCUGAUAUCUGAACUUGGUCUAUGAUUAAAAUUAGAGCUGCUCAAAUUGUCAUAAAACAUACUUAGGAUCAGAAACUGUUAAGCCUACGUUAAGUAGUUAAUUAAAUUAACCAAGGCCAAUGAAGCUGUGAUAUAUAUUGUCAGCUGUUUUAAUCACAUCACCUGCAAUGACAAAAUGGAAUCUCAAUAGAGAAUUUAAAAGUCAUAUAAUAUGUCUUUAUUCAUUCAUACAGCUGUAAGAAAAAAAUUCUUUAUACUCGUAUGUACAUCUCUGAAGUGUUCUUAUUAUAGUCUUCUUUUAUGGUCACCCGAGACACUCAGAUGACCUAUUGCUAUCUCUGCCCAUCCGUUGUCCAUUAACUUUUGAACAUUUUCAAACUCUCUAAAACAACUGGGCGGAUUUCCCGUAAGACCAAUGGUCCGUUUUUUAUUACUUUGUUAAAACGCCUCAUGCAUCAGGUGUUUUAAUGUCUUGUUUACAAUAAUUUAUACAGUACAAGCUUAUGUGUUGAGGUCAUAAGCAUUAAAUUUUAAUGUAAAAAUUUAGAGUUUCUAAUUUAUGAACAUAGUUGUGGUAGAUACAUGUAGUUUUUUGACUUGUAUGAAGUGAAAUAUUGUUUAAUG